AUGCGCCUCUGGGGCUGCAUACCACUCACUCUCCUGGCUUUGGUAGCACUUUCCACGGCUACUCAGGUUGCAUGGAAUUCAGAUGCAACAAUUCAGUCCCAAACAUUAGUCGACGUUCUCAGUAAUGAUGAAGACUAUACAUCACUCCUUUCUCUCCUGCAGAAAGCUAAACUCAUCCCAACGUUGAACAAGUUGAAUGGCAGCACCCUUUUCGCGCCAACUAACGACGCAAUUAAUCGUCACGAUCUUUGGAGGUCAGCCCUCGAGUAUCCUAACUUGCUCAAAGACAAUGUGCAAGAGGAGCUACGUCAGCAACUGUUCUACCACCUCCUUAAUUACUCCGUAACUGAAGAUCCAAAGGACUUGACUACACUGCGAGUUCUUGACACACUCCACUUCCCGAAAUUCCCCCUGGAUUCUCCUGCUAAUAAGCCUCCCCCAUGGAUGCCAAUACCCGAGAGCACUCUGGGCAACAAAUCUCAGAAGUUACGCAUCACUUCACGAGAUGGCGUAGGCUGGGUCGGUGUUGAUGCUUUUGGACAAGGGGGUAUUGAAGUGAAGAAACAGAAGGUGGAGGCGGCAAAUGGUGUCGUGUAUGGGAUUGCUCACGUCCUUGAUGUUCCACUCCACCUCGGCCGUGUCCUGUCUCAUGAAUCAUCGUUGUCAUAUUUUCAGAAGGUCCUCACACCUAGCAUGCUCAAUGCUAUCAACUCUACCUCUGAGCUUACGUUGUUCAUUCCCGUCGAUUCUGCAUGGGAAGCGCUGGAUCCAAUUGAGCGGUUAUACCUUGAAAGCCAAUUUGCUGCAGAUGAUCUCCUGCGCAUAUUCAACAUGCAUGCUGUUGUCGAGAAGAGUGUCAGAUGGUCGGACACUUUCGACUCAACCACCACCUUGACUACUGAAUAUGGAUCUGAGUUGGAAGUUGUCGUCUCCGAAGGGAAGACUACAGUAUCAGGCGCUACCCUUUCGCAGCCCGAUAUUUAUGCGAGUAAUGGAGUCUUACACCUCGUGUCCUCUCUGCUGGUUCCACCAGGAGCCCUUCAACUAACACCUGAGAAAUACCUUCUUGCCCUCAACUGCACUUUGUUUAUUUCUCUCAUACACUCAGUCAAUCUUACUCAUCUCAUCAAUGAUACCGAGACUCAAUACACCAUCCUAGCACCGAAGGACGAUGUUUUAUCCGUUUUCGGGAAUGACGGCUUACCCAAACAGGGGAGCGAUGAGCUGAAGAGGAUGUUGCAGUACCACUUUCUCCCUGGGAAAUGGACGCCCAAGAAGUUGGCAGACGGCAUGCUUCUAGAAAGUGUACUUCAGGAGCCAGGUCUUGGUAAUGGGAGUCAGGUUAUUCACGUAGAGGUCAACGACGAUGAGAAGCAGGAUGCCCCAUCCAGACAUAUCAGGUUUGGUGGAGCUGGUAUUGUUGGAGAGCACCUUGUUAUCAACAACACUGUUGUCUACUUCAUCUCCUCACCUCUGGAACCACCUGUGGACCCGCUUCAAACAGCUCUACCCUCUCUAGAGUUGUCUUCAUUCCUUGCCGCAGUCUUCUCCACGUCCAUUGCAGAAGAUAUCAAGAAGACGCCCCGCGCAACGUUCCUCAUCCCUCACAAUGCUGCUUUCAAGCGGCUCGGUAAGCUGGUCAGCGACCAUCUGCUAGCUGCGUCAUCCAAGACGGACUUGGAGCGCGUCAUAAGGCACCAUAUCAUAGACGGUAUUGAAUACUCCCAGAGCCUCGUUAACGGCUCUGUGCGCACUUUCGCCACCCUUGAAACAUCUGACUUACAACUGGAGCGCCUACCAAAUCUAUCCGUUAUCGUUAGCCCCAGCGGUGGCUGGGCUGGCAUGAAGAGCGCGUUAUAUCCCACAAACAUGCUCACCGAAACUGGCGUAAUACACGAGCUGUCAGAUCUUAUGAUCCCGCGAUCCGUGGAGUUAAAUGUAGGAAAGCUUAUGAAAGCGGCCAAGGCCACCACUAUGAUUAACAUGGUCACGAAAGCUGGAUUCGACUGGAUCCUGAAUGGAACUGCUCCUCCUGAAGGUUCAGAGUGGGCAGACCAGGGUUUAGGUGGUGCAAGUUGGACCGUACUUUGUCCAACGGAUGAUGCGUUCAAGAAUGACAACCUCACACAGCUCCUCGAGAAUAUCGACGUUCUUCGUGCAAUCGUUAGCCAACACCUCAUUCGCACAUCAUCUGCGGGAGAAUCUGGUUCAUUUAACGUCUUCGAUGUCUUGAAUAACAACCGACCCCUUCCGCUAGAAGAUUUGGGCGAAUAUCCCACUCUCCUUUCGCCUUCUUCGGCGUAUGGUGAUAUUGUCUUCCGGGCGUUGGACGACAAAGUAUCCCAGUACAUGGUCGGGAUCAAGAACGCAAGGGGGACAGACAAACAAGCUGACUGGGCACGCGUCCUAACGUGGGGUCGAGCAACGACGGGCGGAGGUACGGGCGGCGUUAUCACCAUUGACCGCAUGCUCGUCCCGUAUCAUCCGCCAUGGUGGAUCGAAUAUUUCGCGCCGUUCUUCGUGGGAGCGCUUGGCGUUGGGUUGAUAGGCUUGUUCUUCUAUGCUGUCCGGACAGUAUGGAAGAGGGAUAGCAGCGAAGCACCAGCAGCCGAGGAGGCCAAGAACUCGGCAAUUGACAACGUAAAAUCGUUUAUUGCAGGAGGUUUUGGAGGAAUUUCUGCUGUCCUCGUAGGGCAUCCUUUUGACCUGACCAAGACCCGGUUACAGACCGCAGCUCCUGGCGCGUACACUGGUGCAAUUGAUGUUGUGAGGAAAACAUUAGCUCGAGAUGGUGUCACUGGCUUGUAUCGUGGAAUGGUACCUCCACUGCUGGGAGUCACUCCAAUCUUUGCAGUGUCCUUCUGGGCAUACGAUGCCUCUAAGAAUUUGAUACUCGCAUUCACACCCAAUCGUACAUCCGAGAAGCUUUCUACAGCAGAACUUGCCGCUGCCGGUUUCUUGUCUGCCGUACCGACGACCCUCAUUACUGCACCUGUUGAGAGAGCAAAGGUUCUGCUGCAGGUGCAAGGUCAAGGAGGUUCAGGGCCCCAAUACAAAGGUGUCUUCGAUGUUAUGAAGCACCUUUACAGGGAAGGUGGUAUACGGAGUAUUUUUCGAGGCACUGGUGCAACUAUCGCUCGCGACGGACCAGGCAGUGCUGUUUACUUUGCGGCGUAUGAAGUUACCAAGAAGGCCCUGACGCCGGCUGGGCCGUCAGCAGGAGACCUCAACCUAGGCGCCAUCAUGUUCGCAGGCGGAACUGCAGGUGUUGCAAUGUGGAUUCUAUUCAUGUUGCUUCAACAGGUUUUGAAAUCCCGCAUACAAUCUGCACCUUCUGGUACAUAUUCUGGACUUUUCGAUUGCUUUAGAAAGACCGUAGCGCGUGAUGGGAUUACUGCAUUAUGGAAAGGUCUUGGUCCAGCGAUGGCUAGAGCUUUCCCAGCUAAUGCUGCCACAUUCCUUGGUGUCGAAGCCUCGCGGAAAAUUGCUCGUAAUUUGGGCAAUUUUGAAACAUGGUCGUCACAUCAAUGUUGUGAACAAGUUUCUCUCUCUGACCUUCCCUCUGAAUUUCAAGAGGAUGUGGACAAUCUCUUUGGUACCACAAAGCGAAUUCCUCGCUCCUGGUUAGACAGGUCUUUUGACUGUAGCGCAGGUUUUGCCAAGUUUAUAGCAGAUGCUUCACGAACAGCACCAGAACUCUUCUCCAUCGACCAGAGUGCAAGCAACGAACUAUUUGAAGACGUAUGUGUCGUUUUCAGUGCAUGGAAGCGUUUGGCACAAAUGAGGAGUUCCAAAGAGAAAUGGUCUGAGGCGGACUUCGUGGCUAACGUAUACAACGUAUUCCGGACUUCUGGAAUCAGAGAAAGCACUUUCCGGGUGCAAUGCGCGAUUUCGCUCCCACAACCGCAAGACACAUUUCAAAACGCCUUCGAUGUGCCCCGUGUAUUGAAUACAAAGACCGUCAUCCCUGACUGCGCAAUCUUCAUUCCCGCUUCACGGACUCGACCGUUGUCGCAUUCUGCCAAGUCACCAUAUAAGCUCCUCAAGAACCACCCUGCCGUAGUAAAAGCCGGUAAUGCAGCUCAGAGAUCUUCUUUCAGAUACCAGAGCACUCCGUGUGCUCAGCUUCCCGAUAUGCCUGGCUUUGAGUUCGCAAGCAGCUUCUGGGAGGAUAAGAAGCCAGUACACGCUCUUCUUGAUGAUGCAUAUCGCCAGAACCGCAUGUCAACAACUGCUGCUGUCCGGCAUUUACACUCCCUUGGUAUUCAUGCCCCUGUCACGGGGCUUAUUUGGGCAGAUGGAGUUGUCCGCGCGCAUGUUGAUUGGUGUGAGGAAUCAAAGGGAAAGACGGUCAUGAUGUCUGCCCCGUAUUGUGGUCCCCGUGGUCGAUCAUCAAACGAUGUGUUCCACGAGUGGAAACUUGAUCGUCCAAGCGACAUUCUGCAGGUUUACUUCCUUGUUCGGAAUAUUGACGAGUGGACCACAGGCAAAUUCUCAGAAUAUACUGUUCGGGGUGUAAAUCAAAUGGUGGAAAAGCUGUUCUCCAGCGAAAGGACAUAUAAACCCUGGAAAAGGAUUGGGGACCUGGCGCCUCCAUUAAAGACUAACGCACUGAAAGAGAAUCACAACAUUUCUGUUACUACAGUUGUGACUUCGGAUGCGUCCCCCUCUCCGCCUAAGCCCAAGAGCAGGCGACGGAGACGCAGGUCCAGUAAUUGA